UUCGUUUUUUGUUGAUGGAAAUCUUAAGAGCAAAGAAAAGGGUCUUGUUUUUCUCUCUCUGAUUCACUCUGAAGUUGUGGUUCUUCUUGACCUUUUUCCAUUGAAGCAGAGAGAGAGAGAGAGAGAGAGAGAGAUGGCAGAUCAAGAGGGAACAUUGCAAAACAUAAUGGAGCAAGAGACACUGAAAUGGGUCUUCGUUGGUGGGAAAGGUGGCGUUGGCAAAACCACAUGCAGUUCCAUUCUCUCUAUCCUUCUUGCAAGUGCACGCGACUCUGUUCUCAUCAUUUCAACUGACCCAGCUCACAACCUCAGUGAUGCUUUUCAGCAACGUUUCACAAAGACUCCAACUUUGGUUAAUGGCUUCACAAACCUUUAUGCUAUGGAGGUGGAUCCUACUGUUGAACAUGAGGACAUGCGCGGUUCUGAGGGGAUGGAUAGUUUGUUCUCAGAGCUAGCAAGUGCGAUACCUGGGAUUGACGAGGCAAUGAGCUUUGCUGAGAUGUUGAAAUUGGUGAAGACGAUGGAUUAUUCUGUUAUAGUCUUUGAUACUGCUCCCACUGGUCAUACACUCAGACUUUUGCAAUUUCCAUCAAUUUUAGAAAAAGGUCUUGCAAAAGUGAUGUCUUUGAAAAGUAAAUUUGGCGGUGUGUUUAAUCAGAUGUCUCAAAUGUUUGGCAUGGAUGAUGGUUUUAGUGAUGAUGCAAUUCUUGGGAAGCUUGAAGGCAUGAAGGAUGUGAUCGAACAAGUUAAUCAGCAAUUUAAAGACCCGGACAUGACAACUUUUGUCUGUGUUUGCAUUCCGGAAUUCCUCUCAUUAUAUGAGACAGAGAGAUUGGUUCAGGAACUCACGAAGUUUGAGAUUGACACACACAAUAUCAUCAUUAAUCAAGUACUCUAUGAUGAUGAUGAUGUUGAAUCCAAGUUACUUAAAGCAAGGAUGAAAAUGCAAAAGAAGUAUAUUGACCAGUUUUACAUGUUGUAUGAUGACUUUAACAUUACCAAGCUGCCAUUGCUCCCAGAAGAGGUUACUGGGGUUGAAGCACUGAAAGGAUUUUCAAAACAUUUUUUGUCACCAUAUCAACCCUUAUCUAGUAGAGACCAAGUAGAACGGCUAGAGAGAAGAGUAUCAAUACUGAAGCAGCAACUAAAAGAUGCAGAAGAAGAAUUAGAUAAACUCAAAAAGGGGAAGCAAAAGGUUUGAUGGCCUACUUUCAUCAAUAAUGCCAUUGUAGGCCUUUUUGGGUUGAGAUUCUUUUCAAGUUUACAUACAGAUAAAGCAUCAUAUUCUGCAUUGAGCUUCAAAGAUAAGUUCAUUCUGUAUUGUACUUCAAUCUAAUGUUGCAGUGACCUUUUCGAUGUAAAGACAAAACAAAAAUAUGUUGUGGUUAAUUGAAUAUUGUGUACUUGUAUCUUCCAAAUU